AUGCUAAAUUAUUUAUACAGUGAUAUGCGAAUAAAAUGCAGUGAAAUGACAGUGGAUAAUGGAAUACGAAUAUUCAGCACAAAAUGCAUAACAACUGGAGAAGGAAGAAAGGGAGCACAAAAGGUUGUCAGUGGGCAACAAAGUGGCAUUGUGAGUUUCAUUGGACCAGUAACACUCUUCAAUAGGGCGUGUAUGGUUGUUUCAGAUGAAAACAGGUUCAGGGUGCUAUUUGACUGCUUUCUAGAAAACAGGGUGUUUUUAAAUGAAAAGAGACUGGUGGGGUAUCCCAUGAAAAUAUUCAAGGACCACGUGGUUGUAAAGGGGAUGUUUUGUAACGCAGAGCAGGUGAAAUACUUCAGGAGAAUACGACUGGUGUCCAAGAAUGGAAAUAAGGGGAUAAUAAAGAGAGCAUUGGGAACAAAGGGACUGUUUAAGGCUCAAUUUGAUGAUCAGAUUAGACACGGUGAUGAAAUAGCAAUGAAACUGUAUAGGAGAGUAUAUUUGGAUGAGUAG